UCUGACAUUGUGCAUUAUGCUAUAAUGCAGGUGUAUGUCAUCAUACAACUGACACACCGCAGCUCCCAGCAGCCCCAGCAACUGCUCAAGAGCUCAGGAGCAGGACACAUGACCAGUCAGGUGGUGAGACCAGUGACAGUUGGGAGAAAGUGUUGGUUGGUGAGAGCUGAGCUGAGGUAAUCUUGAGAGGAGAGCUAUGCCAUCAAGUGUGUGCUGAGGUGGCGUGGGGGUGACGGAGGAGAUGGAGGCAGACCUUCCUACCACAAGGGUGGUCAGAGAGAUGGCUUUACCCCCAUGCAAGGCAAGUCUGGGGGUGCAGAUGUAAUAAGAGUGACCGCAGCAGCUUCCAUAGCGGCAGUGGGUGGAGUUUUAUCUGGAGCCCUGGCAGUUAGUAAUGCCUCAGAGUGGACCAGGCCUCCCCAAUUAAGGCAAGAGGUGGGCAGCAGUAACAAAGGAAUAGUCCGUGGGAGCAGAUUGUCCGGAAAGAUACCCAGUAUCCCACACUGACAGCUACGGACAGCAUGGAGACCUAACACAGACACUUGGAGAGAAAGUUAGUGAAGGAAAGCUGCACAUGAGGUAAAGAGAGAGACAAGGAGUACCGUAAAAGGAUAUUCUACAUUCAUUAUUACCCUUGAGGAAUUUAGACAGCAUACCCCACAGAGUAACCAACGCCUGAGUACUGUAAACCCUCACAUCCUCAGGGAACUAUAAAGAAAAGGCAGCAACAGACUAGUUGGAAUUAAUGUACUAAUUUGCAAUCUUGCUAGGAAACGUCACUUGAGAGAGGAGUAGCUGCAGCCUAGAGAAAGUGUCUCUUUUGUGCUGGUCACGACUCACGAGUAGCAACUAUUGAAAUGGGAAAUUUGCUCGGAAACAUUUGCCUAAUUCCAUUAAUCCCUAUUGGAGACAGGACACCUAACCUAACAUGCACCAUCUAUAAAAUACUCAGCUGAACUUUGUGAUUUAAAGUUAUUGGGGAUAUUGAUAGUACCGAGUAGUGUAAGAGUGACUAAAGGUAUUGCGCUAUUGUUUGCAUGUGUAGUAGUAAUGGUUAACAGCUUGUUUUAGAAAAGCUCUAUUUAACAAUUAGUAUUGUAUUUAUAUAGUAUUGUUGUCGAAUUCUGUUCUCUGUAAAUUGAAGUAUUCACAGUGCAAAAGAAUAUUUGUGUAAUUGCUGGUGCACUUGUCUGGAGGUAUUACAGUUGAACCAUUUGGAUCCAGGGAUUUGCAGAGAAAACAACUCCGGGGGCUACCAGUUCCAGAACAAUUAAAUAAAUGUUAUAUUUUCUGUUGUGAAAUUUAUUGCCAUUGCUUAAUAUUGUAAACUGAAUUACCAACUUACCUGCAUCCGUACUUGUGCAUUACAUUUUUUUGGCGUCUUACGAACAGGAUACGAACACAAGAUGUCACCAGACGACCGAGCUGCAGGGGAUUUGUCAAAUACUCGUCCAACUAUGGCUAUCUUAAAUCCAAUUACGUUGCCCUAUUACAUUGGGGCCCCAUGGCUUCCGACAUAUAGUGGAGAUGCUCAAAGAUCCAAUAGGAACACUUUCACUGAAUUUAAGAACAAAAUGGAAUCUAUGUUCCGCCUGUACCCACUAUCAGAAACACAGCAAGUGGAGAUUCUGAUUGGACAGUUGAAAGGCACAGCCCUGAAAGAGGUUACUUUAUGGCCAGUGGAUCAAAGAAAAACAGUAGUCCGGAUUCUGAACCAAUUAGCUACCACGUUUGAUACAAGGACGUUGUCUGAACUCAAGGUUGCCUUUUAUACGAGGAAGCAGCAGCCAGGUGAAACACUGCGUGACUUCGCACUGAGUUUACAGGAGGCACUUAAAGCACUUCAAUCUUUAGAUCCAACAGAAAUUCGACCAACAGAUGAAAUACUGAUUAAUCAAUUUAUAGAGGGGUCCCAUGGUGAGAUAGUGAAGAUGCAUUUACGCCUCCUUCAGUUACAGUUACUAAAUAGCUCAUUUUUAUCCUUUAAAGAAGCUGCCAUUAAAGUGGUAGGAACAUUACAGCAGCAAGAAAUGUCCUGUCCUGAGAUGUUGGGGUACCAAGAAAAUAAAUAUCCUGCAGAGAUCAUGAAGAAGGAAAUCAUGGAUCAGCACACUUUGGAACAAGUUGUUUUACAGGGUGCUCCUGCCCCAUGGACAGAUCUUUUAAGUACCAUAGGAGUGCAAGUCGAUGAACUGACCCAUGGGAUAACCGAAAUGUCAAAGCAAUUGCGGUAUCUCAGGCAGCAACAAGCAAAGUACAGACUAGAGACAAAAUGGAACACUGAUAAAGGGCAGCCAAGAGAUGUGGACAUCUGUCCUGUAGUCCAGAAUCAAAUGGAAGUGGAUGCUACACUAGCUACAGACCCAGAACCUGAAGUUAGUGCAAGAAAAGUUAUAGGGAAGGUCGUUUGGUUUAAUGUGCGAAAUGGCUAUGGCUUCAUAAAUUGGCAUGACACCAGGCAAGAUGUUUUUGUUCAUUAUACGUCCAUCCAGAGGCACAAACCCAGGAAAUAUCAAAGCCUGGGAGAUGGAGAAAUUGUGGAAUUUGACAUCAUCCAUGGAGAAAAAGGUCUAUAUGCAACAAAUGUCACUGGUCUUGGUGGUGUUCCGGUAAAAGGCAGCAGAUAUGCACCAGAUCGCAAGCGUUAUUGGCGCUAUCCACGUCGCAGAGGUUUUUCACAUUAUUACCCGCAAACCGACCAAAAUUAUGAAGAUGAAGAGCAGUCCAAGGAAGCGGAAAAUGUGACGGAAAGUAUUUAUCAUCAACAGCCUUUUAGGGGACAUCGCAACUCAACAUAUGAUCCAAGGACACCAUAUGGAUGCACCCAGCGAUACACUGCUGUCACAGAGCAUAGUGAAUUACCAGGACAAACAGAUGAGCAAAUCAUGGAGGAACGAACUGGCAUAGUGAAGCAGAGCCAGCAUGAUGUAUUCAGACCACAACUUCCUCCAGAGCCAGUAGGUGAGGGUAAGGCCCAAGUGGAGGACAUUGGGUCCAAUACGACAUACCUUGAUCAGGCAGACUCAAAUGCAUCUGACCAGGAAAAAAAGCACAAAGGGAUUUGUUCCCAUUAGCUUCUGGUGAUAGGAAAUCCAAAAGUGUUUGAUGCUUUGUUGCAAUAUACCAAACUGACUUUCACUAAUGUUGAUGGUAUAGUUGUAUAUCUUAAAGUUAAAGUAGAACAUCUUGUAAUGUUAUGCAUAGUUAAGCGCAAUCUUUUGUGAUGUGAAACCGUACUUAAAUGUCUUUACUGCAUUAUAGUUUGCUGAUAUUAUGCUAUGCGUGGGGACACGCAUAUUUUCA